UAUGCUCAUCUCACCAGCAUUCUGACAGAAGUGGCUCAUAUCAGACUCAUCCCUUCUACGAUUCGGUAAAAAGAUUGAUCGCAAGCGAGUGAAAAUUGGACAAAAACGCCACGAUUUGCAAACCUGAAUGGCAGAAAGUGCUAGUGCUAGCGAGCAGAAAACUAACGGAAUGAAGUCAAACGGUUCUGAAAACGGCGUCAAAACACCGUUCCUGAUUGGAGUGGCCGGUGGAACUGCAAGCGGGAAGUCUACCGUCUGCAAGAGAAUAAUGGAACAACUUGGCCAAGCCGAUAUGGAUCACGCACAACGACAAGUCGUCACCAUCAGCCAGGACAGUUUCUACCGGGAGUUAACGGCAGCCGAAAAGUUACGGGCCGAACGGGGACAGUUCAACUUCGAUCAUCCGGACGCCUUCAAUGAGCAGUUGAUGCUGCAAACACUGCAAGCGGUCCUGCAGGGACAGAAAGUGGAAAUCAACGAGUACGACUACCGGACGAAUUCGGUCUGUCCGGACCGCAAGUUGAUCAUCUAUCCGGCCGAUGUGGUGCUGUUCGAGGGAAUAUUGGUAUUCUACUUUCCGGAGAUACGGGAUUUGUUCCAUAUGAAGCUGUUUGUGGAUACGGAUUCGGAUACCAGACUCGCCAGACGGGUGCCAAGGGACAUCAACGAAAGAGGGCGCGAUUUGGACCAAGUGUUGAAUGCCUAUAUGUCGUUUGUGAAGCCGGCUUUCGAAGAGUUUUGCUCCCCGACUAAAAAAUUUGCUGAUGUUAUCAUUCCACGUGGGGCUGACAAUACAGUGGCCAUCGAUCUGAUCGUGCAGCACAUCCGCGAGUUCUUGAACAACCGCACCCGACAGGAUCACAGUCCCCAUCUGGCGACUGCCGGCACCAGCGCACUGAACCUUUCCCACGGUCGAGUCCGAUACUUCGUUUUCCAUUAGGAUGUCUGUGCGAGACCGAGAAUGCGCGAAAGCAUAUAAAGAUCAUCCUUGUAAAACAGUAGCAUCCGUUUGACAAUACUAACCAGCAGCAAUGUUAGCGUACCGAUAUACCAAAAAUUAGCACUAGUUGAAUGCAAAAACAAAUCUAAAAAGAAAAUAUUUAAUCAACUAAUUUACUGGUUUAGAUCAAAAGAUAGUGCGAUGAAAACAAAAACUCCAACGAUUAAUUUUCGUAUAUCUGUGAAUGCUCUUUUACUUUCCUCACAAACAACGUACUCAAAAUGCAAAUAACCGAGUAAAAAAAAUUGAAAUUUACAAAUAUUCCUUAAAAGACGAGGGCAUCCCUCCGGAAGUGAUGGCGCCUGGUCUUCGACGAUUCUCGUCCACCAUCAUCAAUCGGAAGCUGUUCUCUGUUGUAUUCAACUACUGAAAACGAGAGUAGUCUUAGCCGAUAGAACCGGGACGGAACAACCUGAAUGUCUCAAGCCCGAUAGAAAAUUAAACUACCUAAUUAUGUAGCACAGCAAUACGAAACCCUUCAGAAACUUUAAGCGAUUUAGACGAGUGGUGACUCAGCUAUAGAACUUGAUACUCUUAAAGUAGGGACUGUUUAUUAGAAGAAAAACAAUGGAGCGGCCUUUUCGGAAGAAAUGUUUUGUAUAUGUUGGGUCCAUAACAUACUAGACAGAAGCGAAACCGAUGUUUGAUAUCGAUUUUUAGAGAUUAAAAUUUCGAAAAUACCAAAAAAACAAAACAAAAGAAAAAUUAUUUGCAGAUUAGACACUGAAAUGGUUUUAGAUGUAUAUUUUGUUUUGAAGAGUAAAGCAAGCUUACACGCAUAAAAAAAAUAAAACAAAU